CCGCCCCGCCCGCCAAUAUCGCUGCCGGGGGAGGUGCCGCUUCCUUUCUCUGCUCGCGCUCGUCGUGGUACUACCAGGCGCGGCCCCGACAUGCAGAACGACGCCGGCGAGUUCGUGGACCUGUACGUGCCGCGGAAGUGCUCCGCCAGCAACCGCAUCAUCGGCGCCAAGGACCACGCGUCCAUCCAGAUGAACGUGGCCGAGGUGGACAAGGUCACAGGCAGGUUCAACGGCCAGUUUAAAACCUAUGCCAUCUGCGGGGCCAUUCGCAGGAUGGGUGAGUCAGAUGAUUCUAUUCUCCGACUAGCCAAGGCUGACGGCAUCGUUUCAAAGAACUUCUGAUCAGAGUCAUGGAGAUGGAAUUUUUGUCAUAAAUAAAAGCGUAAAAGCCCAUCUGUGUGGUCA